AUGUCUUCAGCAUUCAAAAUAUGGCUACUUUGUAAUAAUUUAUUGGUAAAAUGUAUAAGUGAAUUUAAAGGAGUUCUGAGUUCGUGCGAAACUGAACGGAGUAAUAGAGUUUUCAUCUGAUCACAGGCAGCUUUUUUUUCAAGCUCGACAGAGUCGGUCACAUCUCUUAUAGUUAUGAAUAGGGCUGGGUUAUUUUCCCAAAUCAUGUGAAGAGCUUUUCAUUCUAAAUUCCCAGAAGUCAAGCCAAGUGUUAUUUCUUCAUUAUGUGUGCUGCUAAGAAGAUAUAUCUUUUAAGUUAUAUUACUUUAAAGUGCAGAUACAGAUAUUUAUAUUUGAAUUCUCAAUAAUUCAGUAUAA